GUUUCUGCAGAACUGCAGAUGGACCUGGGUGCUCAUUUAUAAAACUCUGCGUAGGAUUCCUACUAAAAGUGGACGUCCGCCAAGAAUCCAGAGUUUGCGUAAGCAACAAAAUAUUCUGAUUUAUAAAACCGUGCGUGCGCACAGGUGCAAGCAAUUUUCCCUUUAUAAAUCACACUCUGCCUGAAAGCUUGCGCAAGUGAAUUCUGCUGCUAGCCCGCCCCCUACACGCCCACAUUCUACUAUAAAUGGUCAAUGCAAAGCACCUCAUGGACAUUUCUGCAUAUAAAUGAACCAGCUGAUCUCUGCUAUUUAAACCUAAAUCAUGGCAACCGAAAAGACGAGGAAGCGUAAUUUUACGGAGGUGGAGGUACUUGUUGGUGAGGUGGAGGCUCGCAAAAACAUAUUAUUUGGCGGCCUCGGUAGUGGCAUCAGCAACAAACGGAAAACAGAAGAGUGGCAACACGUUGUUGCAGCUGUCAAUAGUGUGGGGGUGACGGAGAGGUCCGUGCCAGACAUUAAAAAAAAGUGGUCGGAUCUCAAGGUGGAGGCAAAGAGGAGGAUGGCACGCCACCGCCAGGGAAUGUGUGCCACAGGCGGGGGUCCUGCCACACCAAACCCCACGCCGCUGGAGCGGAAAAUAGCCUCCAUUCUUGGGCCCGCAAGCAUCUACGGCAUAGUGCCAGAGAAUGAGGGGGACACAGACCAGGCGGACGCCACAGCAGAGACCGUCACUCUACAGAUGGAGGCAGUGGGUGAGGAGAUCCCCGGUACAUCCACAGAGGAGAUGGUCAGACCCACCACGAGUGCGCCCCGGGCGCACGGCACAGCUGGAGGUGGCCGCGUGCUGACAGAUGCGGUCCUCCAAACACAAAGGGACACCAUCGACGCUGUGAAGGAAAUUCGUGAUGAAUUACAUCAAAUCCGUCAUGUAAUUAGCGGAAUGUGUGCUGUACUGUCUGAAAUUUCCACGUCAUUAAAAGAACUUGUUAAAAAAUGAGAUUUGCCUACUGCAUCUAUAUUUCAGGCUUCUGUGUUUAUGAUUCUAUGGCACUAGUGUCGGAUAUGAUGGCAUGAUGGCAUGCAUGAAUGAAGGUGAAGUUCAUCACCUCACCAGCAGCACCGCCAGUUUCCCGUCUCCAAAAUGUUCGUAAGCAAGUUUCAGAGUUUACGUACCGGUACGCACAUUUUCCCGCCACGUUAGUUUUUAUAAAUCAGAAACUUUCCGUAGAAAGUCACUUACGCCGCUUUUUGUGCGUAAGCAAGCUUUAUAAAUGAGCACCCUGGACUGUAAGCGCUCCUACA